CCGGCUUAAGCCGGGCAAGCCCGGGGCCGUCCUAUAUCCAAGCCUAGAGGAAGAGGACUACUAGCUGCUCGAUUUAGCUAAUCUGCCAGAAGGAUGUCUGGAGCCCCGGAGGCCGGAGCGCCUAGGGCCGGUGACCCGGAUGGCACCGCGGACGCCGAAGCCCGCCAGAGAAAGCUGGAGUCCAUGGGCCGAAUCCCCCGUCUGCCGGUCCACGUGGAGAACCUGUUGCCAUCAAAAAUAAAGAUUAAUUUAGAAGAGAAUGUACAAUACAUGGCCAUGAGAAAAGCACUAAGAGUGGCAAAACCUCGUUACGAUGUAUCAUUGGUUUAUUUAACUCGUAAAUUUAUGGAGCUCAUCAAAUCUGCUCCUGGUGGAGUUCUUGAUUUAAAUGAAGUUGCAACAACAUUGGGAGUACGGAAAAGAAGAGUAUAUGACAUCACCAAUGUUUUAGAUGGGAUCGACCUCAUUCAAAAAAGAUCUAAGAACCAUAUUCAGUGGAUUGGAUCUGAUCUUGGUGGUAUUGGAUCAAAAGUACCCCAGCAAAAGAAGAUAAGGGAUGAACUUACUGAUUUAACAGCAAUGGAAAAGGCUUUGGAUGAGUUAAUUAAGGACUGUGCUCAGCAGCUGUUCGAACUAACAGAUGACAAAGAAAAUGAAAGAUUAGCUUAUGUGACCUAUCAAGAUAUCCAUAGUAUUCAAGCUUUCCAUGAACAGAUUGUCAUUGCUGUCAAGGCUCCAGAAGAAACGAAAUUGGAAGUGCCAACUCCUAAAGAAGACUGUAUAACAGUUCAUAUAAAGAGCACAAAGGGACCUAUUGAUGUUUAUUUGUGUGAAGUGGAACAAGAUAACAUAAGUACCAAAACAUUUGAAGAAAUGAGCACUGCUUUAUCUGAAAGUAAGUCUACAGUUCAUCUUGAUCAAGAAGGAAAUCUGCAACACAGUGAAUCAAGUGAAAAAACUACCUGAAUUGUCUUGAAAUUAAAAUUCUGGAAUGAUUUCAACAAUUUUUGUCAAGUUGGCUUCAUUUCUUCUUUGGUGAGAUUUGUUUGGACUUUUAAAAAAUCAGCCAUGGAGGACUUCUGUACCCAGUUUGACAUGAACAUUUAGGCCAAUAGUUUUAGUCAUUCUCUUGUAUACAGUUACAUCAAUGGCUCAGUUUAUAAACAAUUAUGAAAGUGUAAUUUGGUGUUUACUUAAGUAAAGCAAGGACUUUCUCUACUGAAAAUAUUUCAUGAAAAAAAAUCUUUUAGAGCACAAAUUUGUUACUACUAAAACAUUUGGACUAAUCUGAAAUUGAAGAACACAAUAUGUCAUUAACUUCUUUCUUUACAAUGCAGACUAUGUACUAAGUGAAAUUAUGCUUUACAUCAUGUGAGUACUGUUUGCAUUGCUUGCAGUUAGCUGUUAAAUAGUAAAGGUGUACACAAUAAAAUUAAAUGUGAAUACUCCUGUAUAUAUCUGUAUAAUGUUUAGAUAACUCAUGAAAAAUGUGAAGCAUACAUAAAAUUUUCACUUUGUA